AUGAGCUCAUCUGCGGAUCUGGAGCUUGGCUCGAAGGAAAAGAGCUUCGAUCUCAAUCAGGCGGAUUUGGAUGCGGAUCUUCAGAAACCAGACUAUGUGCCGCAGUACAAGCAGGAUGCGUUUGGUGAUGAGGAGAAUGCGGAGGUGAAGUAUAAGGUGCUGAAGUGGUGGCAAUGUGGUUUGCUUAUGGUCGCUGAAACCGUCUCCCUGGGUGUUCUAUCGCUGCCUGCUGCUAUUGCAGGCCUUGGGUUUCUACCUGCGAUCAUUAUUCUUGUCUUCCUCGGCUCACUGGCCACAUAUACUGGCUACGUGAUUGGACAAAUGAAAUGGAAAUAUCCUCACAUCUCGACAAUGGCCGACGCAGGCGAAGUCCUGGCAGGAAAAUGGGGUCGUGAAAUUCUCGGUGUCGCGCAAACCAUCUUCCUUGUCUUCGUCAUGGCCAGUCAUCUGUUGACCUUCACCGUGGCCAUGAACACUAUCACCAGCCAUGGAACCUGCUCCAUCGUCUUCGGCAUCGUUGGCAUGGUCGUAUCAUUCAUCUGCUCCUUGCCCCGAACCCUAGUGAAGAUGUCCUGGCUCUCCCUAGUCUCAUUCGGAAGUAUCAUGACAGCAGUCUUGAUCGUCAUGAUCGGCGUCGGAAUCGAGAAGCCCGGCGGCCGCACCGAACUAGUCGUCGAAACAAACCUCUACCUCGGCUUCUCAGCAGUCUGCAACAUCGUCUUCGCCUUCUGCGGCCACGCCGCCUUCUUCGGCCUGAUGGCCGAGCUGAAGAACCCGCGCGAUUUCACCAAGUCCCUCUGUCUGCUCCAGGGCAUCGACAUGGCCUUGUACCUCAUAGCCGCCAUCGUCAUCUACCGCUACGCCGGCGCCGAUGUCACCUCGCCAGCGCUGGGAUCUGCCUCGCCCAUGGUCGCAAAGGUUGCCUACGGCAUCGCCUUGCCCACUAUUGUCAUCGCCGGUGUCAUCAACGGCCACGUCGCAUUCAAAUACGUCUACACGCGCAUCUUCCGCGGCACAGACCGCAUGCACAAGCGUGAUGCUGUCGCCAUCGGCUCUUGGGUUGGCAUUUCUCUUUCCCUGUGGAUUCUGGCUUGGAUCAUCUCUUCCGCCAUCCCAGUGUUUAGCAGCUUGCUCAGUCUGAUCACUGCUCUCUUCGCCAGUUGGUUCACCUACGGUCUGAGCGGCAUCUUCUGGCUGUUCAUGAACAAGGGCCUCUGGUUCUCCUCGCCACGAAAGAUCGCCAUGACAGUCCUCAAUGUCUUCGUCAUUGCCGUCGGUGCGGCUAUCUGUGGUCUCGGCCUCUACGUCUCCGGCAAGGCAAUUCACGACAAUCCCAGCAGCGCGAGCUUCUCUUGCGCCAAUAAUGCUUAA